GUUGAGCUUUGUUUUGGACAUAUUUAAAUUUGGUGCAGUUUUGCAGUGAAAAUAUAUGGGAAAUGUUGUGAUUUGGUUUCAGAUACAUGAAGAGGCUAGGAAGUUUGCAUAUCAAACAGGGGUUAAGGUGGUUGUUGCUUAUGGCGGAGCUCCAAUAAACCAUCAGCUACGAGAUCUUGAGAAGGAGGUGGACAUUCUCGUCGCAAAUCCUGGAAGACUGGUAGAUUUGCUGGAGAGAGCUAGAGUUUCACUUCAGAUGAUCAGAUAUCUUGCACUAGAUGAGGCAGAUAGGAUGCUGGAUAUGGGUUUUUGAGCCACAAAUAAGGAAGAUUGUUGAACAAAUGGAUA